GCCAGUAUGGUGCAUUCGUUGAUUGAAGCGUAUUCCUUACUUGACCACAUGAAGAUAGUCAAGCCAAAAGUGGCCUGCAUGGAGGAGAUGGCGAGCUUCCACACAGAUGCCUACCUGCAGCACCUGCAGAAAGUCAGUGAGGAGGGAGACGAUGACCAUCCAGAGUCUGUGGAAUAUGGACUGG